ACCCUGCGGUACAAGGAAGAUAGCUGAAGAAGGAGCCCGAGGGCACAGGCUUGGUUUUCCAGCCGCGCCGGGGUGGGGUGGAAGCGCUGGCUUUAAGAAGAGGGAGGGGACAGAGCAAUCCGGGUGGCCCGCGGAGUUUAGCAGAGGAAAUCUUUUGCUCGCUCCAGAGCUGGAAGCGCUGAGAGGCGGCUCCCAGCCCCAGCAUUCACCCCCGCCUACACCCUGGGCGGGCCCAAGUGUCACGUUUACCAGAGCCCAGGAAGAAUCCCGCCGGUCUCCAGAGGCGAGCCGGGCUGCGGUUUCUGCUGCCGAUCGGAAGAGGCGAUACCUAGUGGGCAUGCUGCUUCCUAGGCAGUAUCCCGCCGGGAUCGGACUGUAUCAGUGAGCCAUCCCUGCCACCUGAAGCCACCACCAGGCCGCGCGUUCCUCGCCCGCACCAGCCGGCUCUCCCCAGGAAUCUCACUGGAACAGAAACAUGGGGCAUCCCCCGCUGGAGUUCAGCGACUGCUACCUGGACAGCCCCGAUUUCCGCGAGAGGCUCAAGUGUUAUGAGCAGGAGCUUGAGAGGACCAAUAAAUUCAUCAAAGACGUGAUCAAAGACGGCAACGCGCUCAUCAGCGCUAUGAAAAAUUACUCUUCUGCUGUUCAGAAGUUUUCCCAGACGUUACAGUCAUUUCAGUUUAAUUUCAUCGGAGACACUCUGACUGAUGAUGAGAUUAACAUUGCUGAAUCCUUCAAGGAGUUUGCUGAGUUGCUCAAUGAAGUAGAAAACGAGAGGAUGAUGAUGGUCCAAAAUGCUAGUGAUUUGCUGAUCAAACCCUUGGAAAAUUUCCGGAAGGAGCAAAUAGGUUUCACAAAGGAGCGGAAAAAGAAAUUUGAAAAGGAUGGUGAGAAGUUUUAUUCUUUAUUGGACCGGCACUUGCAUUUGUCAUCUAAAAAGAAAGAAUCUCAGUUACAGGAGGCAGACCUCCAGGUGGACAAAGAGAGACACAAUUUCUUCGAGUCUUCCCUUGAUUAUGUUUAUCAAAUCCAAGAAGUUCAAGAGUCCAAGAAGUUCAAUAUUGUGGAGCCAGUCUUGGCCUUUCUUCAUAGCCUCUUCAUUUCCAACAGCUUGACUGUGGAGCUCACACAGGAUUUCCUCCCAUACAAACAGCAGCUCCAGCUCAGUUUGCAGAAUACAAGAAAUCAUUUCUCCAGUACCCGGGAAGAGAUGGAAGAACUUAAGAAAAGGAUGAAAGAAGCGCCCCAGACGUGCAAACUUCCAGGACAGCCAACCAUUGAGGGCUAUCUUUAUACCCAAGAGAAAUGGGCUUUGGGAAUAUCCUGGGUGAAGUACUAUUGCCGUUAUGAGAAAGAAACUAAAACGCUCACUAUGACACCUAUGGAACAGAAGCCAGGUGCCAAGCAGGGGCCCUUGGACUUAACCCUGAAGUACUGUGUGAGAAGGAAGACAGAGUCUAUCGACAAGAGGUUCUGUUUUGAUAUAGAAACUAAUGAAAGGCCAGGAACCAUCACAUUGCAGGCUCUUUCAGAAGCUAACAGAAGGCUAUGGAUGGAGGCCAUGGAUGGGAAAGAACCUAUAUACCACAGCCCCAUAACAAAACAGGAAGAAAUGGAGCUGAAUGAAGUGGGGUUCAAGUUUGUUAGAAAGUGCAUCAAUAUCAUUGAGACCAAAGGGAUCAAGACCGAAGGGUUAUACCGCACCGUGGGUAGCAAUAUUCAAGUUCAGAAGCUACUAAAUGCCUUUUUUGAUCCCAAAUGCCCUGGAGAUGUUGAUUUUCAUAAUAGUGACUGGGACAUUAAGACAAUCACCAGCUCCUUGAAAUUCUACCUCAGGAAUCUCUCUGAACCUGUCAUGACCUACAGGCUUCAUAAAGAGCUGGUCUCAGCUGCCAAAUCAGACAACCUGGAUUACAGGCUGGGAGCUAUUCAUUCCCUUGUAUACAAGCUACCAGAAAAGAACCGUGAGAUGCUGGAACUUCUGAUAAGACACUUGGUCAAUGUUUGUGAACAUAGCAAAGAGAAUCUUAUGACCCCUUCCAACAUGGGAGUGAUUUUUGGGCCCACCCUGAUGCGUGCUCAAGAGGAUACUGUGGCUGCCAUGAUGAACAUCAAGUUCCAGAACAUCGUGGUAGAAAUCUUAAUUGAGCACUUUGACAAGAUCUAUUCAGGUCCACCUGAGGAAAGUGCUGCAGCCCCAGUACCUCCACCUCGAGUGGCAGCAAGAAGGCACAAGCCAAUCACAAUUUCAAAGCGUUUGCUGCGAGAAAGGACAAUUUUCUACACUUCUUCCAUGGAUGAAAGUGAAGAUGAGAUUCAACAUCAAACACCCAAUGGUACUAUCAUUAGCAGCGUAGAACCUCCUAAACUGCCACAGCACCUCAAACUGCCCAUACAGAGGAGUGCAGAGGUUGAUCCUGGGAGGAAGUCACCAAGUAGAAAUGUUCCAGAUGGCAAAUUGGAGCCUUGCCCUGAGGUUGAUGUGGGGAAGUUGGUGUCUAGGCUACAGGAUGGAGGGACCAAGGCCACCCCCAAAACCACCAAUGGACCUGUGCCAGCCUCUGGGCCCAUGAAGACCCCCUCUUUGCACAUAAAGAGACAGGCCCCCCGGCCUGUAGCUCACCACAAGGAAGGGGAUGCUGACAGUUUCAGCAAAGUGCGGCCUCCAGGAGAAAAGCCAACCAUCAUCCGCCCCCCAGUGAGGCCCCCAGACCCUCCUUGCCGGGCAGCAACUCCCCAAAAGCCUGAACCAAAGCCAGAGGUUGUGGUUGGCAAUGCAGGGGAAAUCCCAUCAUCUGUGGUGGCCUCCAGGACCAGGUUCUUUGAAACAGCUUCCCGGAAAACAGGAAGUUCUCAAGGUAGACUUCCUGGAGAUGAGAGUUGAGGCCACAGAUUUUAAAAGCCUUGGCCUCGGGGGCCCUUUUCCAGGUUCUGAAAGGGUCUACUUCAAAACCUCCUCUGCUGAAUCAUUCUGUGCUGAAGAGCAGCUCCCUCCCAGCCGUUCACCUUAAGGCUCUGGGAAUUCAUAAAAUAAGGGGCACAUGUCUUAGAUACAUGUUUAUUUCUCCUUUGUAUUCUGUUUUCAUCCCCUCAGAAGGUCCAUCUCAGCUCUUGCAACACUGUGAAAUGGCUGGAUUCCCUCUGCCAAAGCCAAGAUACCCGCUGAUGAGUUGAAGAGGGGAGCCAAGUUUUCAACUCUUUCUGAACUUCCUGCUUCCUCAAAAGGCCAUUGAACUUGGAAAGAUUCAGGGCUAAAGCUCUACCUGAGGGGUCUUACACUCCACUAAAGGCCACUUGAAUUGGGGCCAUUGCUUACUUUGGUUGGAGGGGUGUAAGAAUGUUUGCUGAACAUUGGAGAAUCUUAACAUGUCUCUUGCUUAGGAUAUGGACACUGGUGCCAGGUUGGUGUUCUGGUGCUGCAACAUGUUGCCAAGAACCUGUCUUCUCCUGUGGGAUUGGGUGGCCUGAGUGAUACCCCCAUGGGAUCCUCCUCUCAUGUGAACUUAAGAACGUGGCCUACCUGCUCUUGCAUACAGUGACUUAGGACAAAUCUGCAAAGCAUAUUUUACGUAUCAAAGUCUAGGUCUGUUUUGAUUUUGUUCCUCCCAUCUUCAUCUUCACCUGACAGCUUCAUUUUUAAGCAAUCAAGAAUAACAAAAAAACCAAAAAACAAAAUUGGAAAGCAUUUCUUUAAAGAAAGCAGACUUUGUCCUGUAGGAGUUCCAUUCUUGGGUCAAAUGCUAGAAAAAAUUGUUAAAAUGGUUUGAGAUGAAGCAGCUGUUGGUGUUGUUUCAUUUUUGUCUUUUACUGAUAAGCUCUUUUUAUCUUCUAAAAAAACAAUUCUUAACCCAGUGCCCAUGGAUUCAAGAAUUCCGUAAUGCCCCUGAGAUGAUAUAUGUACUUCCAUGGCAGUAUGCCUUUAUGGGCAGAAGAGUUUCCAGUGAGCCUGUGACCCAAUAAAUGUUCAGAACCACAAUACCUGAGAUAAAAGAUUCUUUUUGGUACCCGUAAAGUACUUUAUUAGAAGGGCCUUUCAAAAGCGUUUAGUCCACUAGCCUAGUUUACUGGCAGAGGAAAGUUAGUGGCCACAGCAAAACAAGAUCUCAGUUCCCCAAGCUCCUAAGCAAUGUUGUUUCUUUUUUUUUUUUUUUUUUUGUUUUUUUUGUUUUUCUCCGGUACCGGGAACUGAACUCAGGACCUUGCGCUUGCCAGGAAGGCGCUUUUACCGCUGAGCUAAGUCCCCAGCCCCGCAAUGUUGUUUCUAUUACACCACACUUACAUAGCAAAGAUCCUCAUGUUUGGUGACUUUUGUGGUCAUUAUUUUGGGGAUUUGGCUUUACCAUCUUUAUUGAGCCCCAUGUAUUUGCUACCAAUUUACCGUCUCAACCACUGGAAGGCAGCUAAAUAAAAAUCAGUGCAGUGGAUCAGAAAUCUGAGGAAUAGACCUUUCUGGAUCCUGUGUGAUAAAGGGAAGCUGCUAGAAAGAGUGUCAAAGUUUGUGUUCCCUUUAGAUUCAUGGGCCAUUGCCUGUCUUUAGGGCGUAUAUAAUUAUAAUGUGGUCCAGUAUAAGAGAAAGGACUUUCUGACUUGCUAUAGUCUAGCAAGGCCCUGCUAGUUCACUUGGUGAGGGAGAGGAAAAAGCACAUAUUUUCAAGCCUACAUGCCUUUGGACAGUGCUACUGAAAAGUGGUAGUCAUUUUUAAGACUGGACUCCAAAAAUACUUUAUUCAUGAGUUAGGAACAUGACCAAACAUAGUGAAAGCCUUUGUGAAUGUAAUUAACUAGAAGCUUAAUCCAUUUUAAAUCAAGACAUGCCCACAUGGCCACAAUGAACUCUUUCUACCCAGUUGCUAAGAAAUCAGGAGCAAGAGAGCCAAGUGGCCAUUAUUCCAUCUGCUGCUUAGCCCCAAAGGUAGUCCCUGUGAGGCUUGCUGGCCUCUUGCUGAGCCCUAGUUGGUGACCUUUGUUAUGACUGAAGUAGUUAGGUGUGCAGAAUUUGACCACUGAAGCAAUGACCAGUGGAACUUUAAUAUCUUUGAAGAUUGUAGAGACAUGGUUUGACUUUGGUUUUUCUUGGAGGAAAAUGCCAACAAUCACCACUACAAAUACUGAGCAUCAUUGAAAGGCAUAGAAAAGUACUACAGUCCCAGUGGAAGAGGUAUCCAGAAACUCGGCAAGGAGAUUGCUGUAUUGGCUAGACCACAGCUAGCCUGGAGAGACUGGGCCACUAGUCUCACUGAAAGCCAGAGAACCGACUGGCUAGCUCUGCCCCUGCUCUGGGCAGUCCCUAAAGAAUAUACCACAGUGUCUCCUAUUGGCACUCUGAUAUAAAGAGCAAUAGCUUCUAUUGCUAUUUGGGGAUGAGAAUGGCUUGCCCUAGGCUUGAUGGAUGGUCAUUCAGAACAGAUUAUAGCAAGAGGGUGAUAAUCAGAUAGUGGCUGCUGUAGGAAAUUAUCAGCAACCUUGGCCCGUAGGUUAGAAAAACUGCCAGUGGGUGGACUAUACUCGAACUGGCAGUGAUAAUAAAGAAGCUAACACUUAUUAAAUACCUAUUAAGUGCUAGAUGCUUCACAUAUGUUAUCUCAUUUCAUCCUUGUAACAAUCACAUAAACAAUCAUCUCAUUUUACAGAUAAAGGAAUUGUGGCCCAAUGGGCUAAAUAACACACACAAGGGUAUAGAUAGUAAAUAAUAGGUCUAUGAUUUGGAUCCAAGAAUCUCUGACUCUAUACCCCAUGCUAUUUUCCCUUUGUCAUGGUAAGGCAGGCAUUUGAACAGAGGCCAUAUUACUGGAUCUGGCAUGACUCUUGCCUUUUGCCUGCUUAACAUAAUAUUAAAAGGUAAGCAUUUAAGAGAGGGAGGAGAUGCAAGUCCUUACAGGGGAAUGAAAACUGGCUGAAAGAUAUUCCAAAGUUGGGCUUCACCUUCAGUUUACCCACUUGGUAACGAUUUUCUAAAAAAGCUUACCCAGUUUUCAAAGGGAAAAGGUCUUGUAUAUGACUCUGUACUUCGUGAAUACUUUGCCAAGGUUAUAGUAUGUAUAGCUUCAGUCCAGGAGAUUGGUGACCUCCCCCCAUAAUGCAGUUUGAGAAACAGAAAAGGUUUCUAUGCCUCUGGUAUUUGAUGACUUGAAGUCAGCCCUACAAAGUUUUUCUAUGGUGACAACAAAUGUCAUGAGAUGGUUUAAAAAAAGAAAUAUCACUGAAUUUUUAUUUUUGAGGUUUAACGAAAGGUGUGUGGGGCAUGUCAAACCACUGAGAGGCAAAACUAGGCAUCCAGUUUCAAUAGUAAAAUAUUGUCAUGUAAAAUAUUUCUAAAAUACUGUCAUAGGGAGGUAGCCUUCCAUAUUCAAGAAAUUCCUUGAUUCUGUAAUAACUAGAACAAAUAAAGUAAUAGAUGAAUAGUUCUGUGACUGGAAAAAAUUUUGUCUUUUGAGAGAAUGUAGAUCAGUGACACUACUAUUAAAGUAGCUAUAGACAAGUGGCCUUGACACAUUAGAAGUCCACAAAAAGCUACAGAGAAACAAGAUGACUUGAGAUAUUUUUAGUGAAGCAGAGUCUUCAUUUUCACUGAAAAAUGAAGCAGUUGAUGAUAAGGACAUUAAUAGAGCAUGCAAAAUGCUUCCUAUGUGAAACAUAUGUGUGAAAUAAGAAAAAAAAUGACAUAUUUGGGGCCCAUUCAUGUGACUUUCAAUAAAGUAUAUAGACUCUCUAGUAUAA